AUGUCUCCUUUUUCCCAGGGGUUGCAACGAAUCGCCGACAUCUCUCCUGAGACGAAGCAGGCAUGCGCAUUUCAGACCCUUCUUUUGACGCCGUUUUUGGCUGCAACCACCGUUUGUGAGCCAUCUGAGACGCAACUGGAGACGAAGCACUGUCCACAUUCUAUUACUGGCUACUCCCUUGUCCUCGAUAUUCAACGCCUGGAUCACCAACUGAUGGUUACGGCCAUCUACGACGCCGGAGUAAUUGGUCCAAAGGAAGUCAAGAGUCUUUUGGAGAGGUUCUCCCUCAUCGUGCAUCAACUUUCCAUGGCGUCAGACAGCCAGCUCUUGUCAGAGAUUGGUAUCACCACGGACUACGACCUCGAUAGGCUGUGGGCCUGGAACACAGUAGUGCCCGAGACAAUCAACAAGUGUGUCUAUGAGAUACUUGAGGAAAAGGCGCGGCUUCAGCCUACUUCUGCCGCUAUUUGCGCUUGGGACGGCCAAAUGACCUACGCCGAGCUCGAUCGCCUGAGUAACUACCUCGCAAGCCAACUUCUUCAAUCUGGAUUUUUGCGGUGUCCGGAGACUGUUGUGCCGCUAUAUUUUGAAAAGUCCAAAUGGGUUCCCGUGUCGAUAUUCGGUGUUCUUAAAGCCGGUGGUGCGUUUGUGAUGCUUGAUCCUGCGAUGCCUGAGCAGCGCUUGCGCAGCAUCGUCGGCCAAGUGGAGGCAAAGUUUGCAAUAACUUCUCGCGGCAAUUAUACAUCUGGAUUGGCUCUCUGCGAUCAAGUAAUCGCCAUCGACGACGGGUUCUUUUCUGAAUAUCAGUCGCCAGUUCAGAAAGCGGCUAUGGUACAACCCUUGCCACGUCCAGGCAAUCCGGACCCAUCUGCCACGGCAUACGUUAUUUUUACAUCGGGCAGUACGGGUGUGCCGAAAGGGGCAUCAAUAAGUCACAAAAACCUCUUCUCUGCUCUUCAUCAUCAGGCCAAAGCUAUAGGAUUAACCAGCGCCUCAAGGAUUUACGACUUCUCCGCCUACAGCUUCGACCUAUCUAUCUGCAAUAUCUUUACAAGCUUCGCCUGCGGGGGGUGCCUUUGCAUUCCUAGUGACGCAGACAGGAAGGAUAAUCUGGCUGGCAGCAUACGCGAUCUCCAAGUGAACACCUUAACACUGACCACUUCCGCUGCCGAGCUCCUCAAGCCUAGCCAGGUUCCUGGUGUAGAAGCCAUCAUGUUCCUCGGGGAGGCUGUGCGUGUCCAAGAUGCCUCACGUUGGUUGGAUUACAAUGUUCGUGUCAUCAACACCUACGGCCCUUGCGAGUGCACUCCAAUAAGUACAGUCGGUCGUCAUUCGUCCUGUCCCACCCAAGUCACUGCCAUCGGCAAGGGAGUCGGUGCAGUCACCUGGGUCGUGGAUCCGGACAACUAUCAGUUGUUAGUUCCGCCCGGUUGCAUCGGCGAGCUUGUCCUCGAAGGCCCGGUCGUUGGCAAAGGCUACCUAAACAAUCCAGCAAAGACGACUGAAGCAUUCAUAGAGGAUCCUGCUUGGUUGGUUCGGGGUGCGCCAGGCCGUCCUGGGAGGCGCGGGAGACUUUACAGGACAGGGGACCUCGUUCAGUACGAGGCCGAUGGAAAUCUGAGAAUAAUCGGACGAAAAGACACGAUGGUCAAGAUUCGCGGCCAGCGAGUCGAACUCGGCGAGGUCGAGCACCGACUUUUGCAGUGCAUACCAGAAGUGGUGCAAGUAGCCGCCGAGGUCAUAACCGUCGCUGGACCAAAUAAUUCACCGAAAGUCCUCGCGGCCUUCCUGCUCUUUUCUAGACACACAGUUCAGACCGAAGCUUUGCAAUUAUAUCAGGCCACCCCGGAAAUUGAAAGAAACCUUGCCGAGCACCUCCCAGGCUUCAUGAUCCCGACCUUCUUCUUUUCCAUUCGAGAGAUGCCAAAGACAUAUACUGGAAAGUUGAAUCGGAAGGAGCUGAGGGAACUUGGAGCCGCGUUCUCCGCACGCCUGGCCGAUGGAGGGCAUGGUCCCAAACAGCAGCCGACAUCGGGAUUGGAACUACAGAUACAGGGUAUCUGGAGCCAAGUGCUCGGCGUCGACAGUGCUAGGAUUGGUUCGGAUGACAGCUUUUUUCACCUCGGUGGCGACUCUAUCGCAGCAAUGAGGGUUGUGCAAGAGGCUCGUGAAGGCGGAAUUUGUCUAUCCGUUGCCAAAAUCCUCCGACGCCCCAAGUUGAAAGACGUAGCUGCCGAGGCCUCCUUCUGUGAAGAUAACGAAGAUUCACUGCAGGAAGUAGCCCCCUUUUCACUUCUCGACAACAACUCAACUAUCGAUGGGCUUGUUAGUGCCUAUGCUCUGGAUCCAGCAUCCAUCCAGGACGCCUAUCCGUGUACGCCACUGCAAGAGGGACUUGUUUCUCUCUCCCUUCAGCAUCAUGGCUCCUCUGUCAUGCAAAGGAUAAUAGACAUUUCUCAUCUCGAUAUUGAACUGUUUCGACGGGCAUGGGAAGAAGUCGCUCAGACAAAUGAGCUUUUACGGACUCGCUUCGUGCAUGCUGGAAAGGAGGAUCUCAUGCAAGUUGUUAUGGACGAGCAGAUAGAAUGGGCGGAAGCCACAGACCUCGACGAGUAUCUCAAGGCCGACAGGCAACGACAAAUGGGUCUUGGAGAUCCCUUCGUACACUACGGCCUUGUCAAGGGAGAAGACGGCCAAUAUAAAUGGUUUGUGUGGACAAUUCAUCACGCCCUUUACGACGGCUGGGCGAUGAACCUCAUCGCGGAUGCGCUCAGCAUAGCAUAUCGAGGAGGACCUCUGGAUAAAAAAGCACCCUAUUCAGAAUUCAUCGCAUACUGUAAGAACCUGGAUAUCAGUCAGAUGGAGAGGUUUUGGAGGGACACCCUUGCAGACUGCGAGUGUGUUCAAUAUCCUGCCCUGCCACCCUCCAAGGGGGAAGCUAUGCUAGAACAAGUCACCUGGACACUUCCAGCUUUCCAAAGCCAUCGCUACAACAUCACGUAUUCAACACUCAUUCGCGCUGCGUGGGGUUUGCUAGCUGGAAACAUGACGAAUUCGAAUGAUGUCGUCUUUGGCAUUACCGUUUCUGGCAGAAGCGCACCCGUUGCUGGCAUUGAGGAUAUGGCCGGUCCCACGUUCGCCACCAUCCCCUUCCGAGUACUCCUGAAACAAGAUCAGCCUGUCGUGGAAUACCUCGAGGAGGUCCAACAACGCGGCGCGGAGAUGAUCCCUUUCGAGCAGAUGGGAGUUUCACGAAUUGCUAAGCUAUCGCCCGAGAGCCACCAGGCCUGCCAGUUCCAGACCAUAUUAGUCGUGCAACAGGGACGCCCAAGCAGUAUUCCUCCUAUUAUCGAUGACCUGGACGACGACGACGAGGUUGAAUGGUUCGACGUACCCGCAUUGGUUCUCGAAGUCCAUGCUGACCACCACCACGAGAUCACCGUCACGGCUAGAUUUGACUCCCAAGCGAUCCAGGCCCCAGUCGUACACGAUCUUCUGGCGCGGUUAGAAUUUAUCCUCCAACAAUUCGAUUAUGCCGUCACUUCAGCUCCUCAGAGGACCAUUGGUGACAUCGACGUCGUCACCACGCGUGAUCUGGAGUGGAUUUGGAAAUGGAAUAAGAAUGUCCCACAGACUAUCCGUAAAUGUGUUCAUGAGCUUGUGGAAGAGCGGGCAAUGGCCCACCCUGAUGCACUAGCAAUUCAUGCUUGGGAUGGCGACUUCACCUACAGCGAGUUGGCCGGUCUUUCCUCUAAACUAGCCCGCUAUCUCAUCGAUGCAGGAGUCCAUCCUGGGCAAUUUGUCCCAAUAUGUCUCGAGAAGUCAAAGUGGGCGGCUGUAACUAUGCUCGGGGUGAUGAAGGCUGGGGCGUGUCUAGUGAUGCUUGGCCCGAACUUGCCCGAAGACCGUCUACAGGCAAUGAUGCAGCAAGUCAAUGCCAACAUCAUUCUAUCCUCCCCGCUGCAACAAGACCUUAGCUCAAGACUCUGCGAUAGAGUCAUUACGGUGGGUUCGAGCUUCUUCACCGACCUUCACAACACUCCCCCACAAAGCCUGCCUCAAGUCGACCCCGCCUCAGGCGUGUACACCAUCUUCACAUCCGGCAGUACGGGGAAACCGAAAUGUGCCGUCAUCGGUCACCAAAACCUGGCCUCGGCCCUAGUGCACCAGGCGAAAACCUUCGGCUUAGAUGAGACGUCGAGAGUCUACGAUUUGUCCCCUUACAUCUUCGACGCCGCUAUAAUCAAUGCCUUUCACACACUAAGCGUAGGAGGCUGUUUAUGUGUACCGACCGAUGAAAAGAGCGACCUGGCCAAGGAGAUGCGAAAUCUCAAGGCGAACUGGGUUCUCAUGCCACCAUCUGGUUCGGCUUUAGUCUCCCCGGAACUGGUCCCCGAUCUUAAGACAAUCGUGUUCGGCGGUGAGGCUUCCACAAUCAAUGACCUCAAACCCUGGUGGGGGAAGGUUCGCAUACUCAAUGCGUAUGGUCCUUCCGAAUGCACGCCGGCUAGCAUACUCAACAACGAUGCCUCUAGCCCCGAAGAAGCUCUAAGUAUUGGCCGAGGCGCCGGCCAGGUCACCUGGGUUGUAGAUCCCAAUAAUCAUCAUCGACUUUUACCGCCUGGUUGUAUCGGCGAACUCGUCCUAGAAGGACCUCUUGUGGGCCAGGGCUAUCUGGAUAAUCCAAAGGCAAAUGCGGCGAGCUACAUCGAAGAUCCUGUUUGGCUUGUCAACGGUAACCCUGGACAGCAGGGCAAUCCUGGAGUACCAGGUCGCCGCGGGAGAUUGUACAAGACUGGUGACCUUGUCCAAUACAACCAAAAAGGAGGCCUAAUAUUCAUGGGGAGGAAGGACACGCAGGUCAAAAUUCGGGGCCAACGAGCAGAACUUGGCGAGAUCGAACUACGGGUCCAGGAAGCUCUACCAGAAGCAAUUCAAGUUGUCGUCGAGGUUAUCACACCACGUGGCGGGCGAUCCGGUCCGAUGCUUGCGGCCUUCUUGAAGAUGGGCGAGGAAACCACACCAAGUGGUGACUCGGCAUCUGGUACGGCUCGGAUAUACUCGGUCCCUCCUAUCAUUGAGGAGCGUCUGGAGGCAUCUUUGCCAGGCUACAUGGUUCCGCGGGUCUUUUUCGUUAUGAACGAGCUGCCUCUGACCACCACAGGGAAGCUAUUUCGAAAGAAGAUACGCGAGAUUGGUAGCUCCUUCAGUUCUCAGGAGCUCUCUAGGGAGGGCAUAGAAAACCAGGAAUGUAAGGAACGGCCGCAAUCCGAUAUGGAGCUUGGUAUUCAAAGGAUUUGGUCCCAGAUCUUAAAGAUUCCAUGUGAAGACAUUGGGUUGGAUGAUAGUUUCCACCGCCUCGGCGGUGAUUCAAUUGCAGCUAUCGGAGUCGCAGCUGCAGCCUCUAAAGAGGGCAUCCAGAUGUCCGUGGCUGAUAUUUUACGAUGCCGUACGAUACGAAAGCUCGUUACUUGCUGCGAGUAUCGGGUCACGGAAGCACUCGUAGAACAAAUUGCGCCAUUCACCCUUUUCGGAGAAGGCUUGGAUGUCGAUAAACUUGUUCGAGAGUUGUCAAGUCAGUAUGGGCUCGAGAAAACCAUGAUUGAAGACGCUUAUCCUUGCACUCCACUACAAGAAGGUCUGAUUUCGCUUGCUUCAAAGAGACCCGGCGAUUAUAUGAUGCAAGCCAUUCUCGAAUUAGAACCCACGGUGAAAAUCUCUGCCUUCAAGAGAGCCCUGGAGGAGACAGUCCUUGCGACACCUGUCCUACGCACACGAAUCCUCCAGCAUAAGCAGUUCGGUUUAAUACAAACCGUCCUUCGUGAACAUAUUCAAUGGCUUCAGGCUACCGGGCUUGAUGAAUAUCUCCAUGCAGAUAGAAGACGGCCAGUUGGACCACCCGGUUCACUUGUACGUUUCGCACUCGUCAGUGAAAGCGCAGAAGGCCGACCCAAAUGGUUUGUAUGGACAAUACAUCAUGCACUAUACGACGGAUGGUCGUUUCCUCUCAUGACGGAUACUCUCAGCCAGGCAUACCGCGGCAAGUCUCAUAACUCUGGAGCCCCGUUCCAAUCGUUUAUCAAGUAUGUCCAGGGGCUAGACAAGAGCCAAGCCGACGCCUUCUGGCGAUCUACCCUGGAUAACUAUGACUCCGCACCAUUCCCUACUCUCCCUGCUUCCAUUGGCCAACCGCUAUCCACCGAAACGAUUUGUGCUCGACUAUCUAUGCCACCCAGACUGCCCAUUGACGUUAUGCCGUCAGCCUUGAUCAACGCAGCCUGGGCUCUAGCCGUACGUCAGAUGACUGGUUCUACGGAUAUUGUGUUCGGUACCACUGUCUCUGGAAGAAAUGCUCCCGUUCCUGGACUUGACAAGAUGCCAGCACCUACCUUCGCAACGGUUCCAUUCCGCAUCACAUUUGACCCCGGCCAGACAAUAUCGGAUUACCUCAAGGCUGUUCAGCGACAAGCGACUGAAAUAAUCCCAUACGAGCAAACUGGUCUCCAUCACAUCUCGAAGCUCUCCCCGGAGGCGCAGGCUGCUUGCACGUUCCAGACAUUGCUCGUGAUCCAGCCGCCAAGCAAGACUGAGGAGCCAGACCCAGAUCUCGGGAUAUGGAAGAUGCAAGAGCAGUCGCAAUGGUUCAACCCAUACGCUCUUAUGAUUCAAGGACGACUUGGGCCCGAAGAACUCGCGGUAAACAUGAACUUUGACCCAAGGAUUCUUGAGCCAUGGGUUGUACAAAAAUUUCUGCGACAACUUGGACAUGCCUUGAAUGAGCUCGGCGACGGCUCCAACCUUGGCCGAACCAUCUCAGAAAUCCAAGCCGUCACCCACCAAGACCUUGACAUCAUUUGGGAUUGGAACUGUUCUUUACCUAUCUCAGUUGACAAACUAGUCCAUGAGAUGGUUGAGGAGCAAGUCGAAAGGAGACCUAAUGCCACUGCUAUCCAUGCCUGGGACGGUUCGCUGAGUUACCAGGAACUGAACUCGUUGGCAAGUGCGCUAGCAGUUCAGCUUACCGCAGCUGGUGUCCGGGCCAACGUUUUGGUGCCGCUGUGUUUUGAGAAAUCGAUGUGGACGCCCGUCGCUAUGCUUGCCGUACUGAAGGCAGGUGGCGCCUUUGUGUUGCUCGACUCAACGCUCCCAGAGCAAAGACUCAAGACAAUUACGAGUCAGAUCGAGCCCAAUUUGAUUCUGUCUUCUCAUAUGAACGCUGAUUUGAGCUCGCGGCUCUGCAGGGCAGUAGUCAAGGUUGGGCCAUCUCUCAAUCAGCUACGACAUCAUUCUGGCACUACUCACGAGCGACAGGGGGCCCAACAACCUUCUUCGACCACCAUGUUCGUCGUUUUCACCUCUGGUAGCACUGGUGCGCCCAAGGGAGCCAAACUAUCGCACGCCAAUUUCGCUUCUGGAUUGCACUAUCAAUCCCAGGCUCUCGGCUUCUCGGAGGACUCCCGCGUCUUUGACUUUGCAUCUUAUGCGUUUGAUAUCGCAGUCCACAACGUUUUUGCCACGCUCGUCACAGGUGGUUGUAUCUGUAUUCCAUCCGAAUCAGAUCGCCGAGACAACGUUGCAAAAACCAUGGCAACCAUGCGAGUGACACUGGUAGAUCUGACACCUACAGUCGCACGUUUAAUAGAUCCCGCUACAGUUCCUGAACUCAAGACCUUGAUCCUAGCUGGAGAGGCUGUCACAUCGGAAGACUCUUCGCGUUGGUGGGGCAAGGUGCGCGUCGUAAAUGCCUAUGGCCCUGCCGAAUGUCACAUCAGCACAAUCAACAGUGACCCAUCUACUCCUGAGGAAGCCACGUUGAUUGGAUUAGGCUUUGGAUCAACCACCUGGAUUGUGGAUCCUGACGACCACCAUCGACUCGUGCCUGUUGGCUGCACCGGUGAACUUCUCCUGGAGGGGCCCCUCGUGGGACAAGGUUAUCUCAACGACCCUGCAAAGACAACGGCAUCCUUUAUCGAGGAUCCCCAAUGGCUACUUCGAGGAGCGCCAGGUCGGCCAGGCCGCCAAGGAAGAUUGUAUAAAACCGGAGACUUGGUCCGAUAUAGCGGAGACGGACGCCUGGUGUUCGUUGGACGAAAGGAUGCACAAGUUAAACUUCGAGGGCAACGAAUCGAACUUGGAGAGGUAGAGCGAUGGGUUCAGCAGCAGAUGCCAGAUGCCGAGCAAGUCGCCGUGGAAGUUAUUGAACCACUGGGAGAUGCGUCCGGCGCCAUUUUAGCCGCUUUCAUACAAUCAAAGGGCACCCCAGAGCCAAUUGUUGGUCCGGAGAACCUGAAAGCUAACCCCUUUUCUGUCCCUCUCGAAGUAGAAGAAAAGCUUAGUGAGCAGUUACCCGCCGUCAUGCUGCCAAGUGCCUUUUUCCGUGUGGGAAAGUUUCCUUUGACGCCUACUGGAAAGUUGAACCGCAAACUAUUGAGGAAGCUCGGUUCAUCAUUCACGGUAGAAGAGUUGACCAAGAUCCGAACGACCAGCCGCGGACCAAAGCUGCAGCCAGUUACACUCGCAGAGCAGCAGCUACAAAAGAUAUGGGCCCAAAUCCUAGGCAUCCAGCCAAGUCUCAUCGGUCGAGAUGAUAGCUUCUUCCGCCUUGGGGGUGACUCAAUAGCCGCAAUGAAGGUUGUUGGGGAAGUCCGUAAACUCGGGGUUGAAUUGACCGUUGCCGAUCUCUUCCGCCAUCCCAGGCUUCGGGAUGCCGCUAGACACGAUCUGCUGCUGCCGCGUGGGGCCUCUGGGGUCAUUCCUAGGACGACUCAUGCCGGCCCCGUAGAGCAGUCCUUUGCUCAGCGCCGGCUUUGGUUCAUGGACAGGCUCUACCCUGGCCUUACCUGGUACCAUCUACCUUUUGCAAUUCGGUUCCGUGGACCUCUUGAUCUGGCUGCUCUCGGUAGAGCCCUCCAAGCUAUAGAGAACCGGCACGAAACCCUGCGUACAACAUUUGAAUCCCGAGACGACGUCCAUUUGCAAAAUGUCCGGCCAUUUGUUGCUUGGGAUCUCCGGGUAACUGAACUUUCCUCUGGGGAUGAACAGAUCCUACAGGGAGUGCUGGAAGCGGACCAGGCCACACCAUUCGAUCUCUCAGCAGAGCCGGGGUGGAGGGUCUCAGUAUAUCGGUUGGGAAAAGACGAUCACGUACUCUCUAUCGUUAUGCAUCACAUCAUCACCGACGGAUGGUCUAUCAACGUCCUCCGCCGAGAGCUUGCCGCUUUUUACUCUGCCGCGAUUAAGGGAUUGGAUCCCCUGUCUCAAGUGGAACCCCUCCCGAUCCAAUACAAAGAUUACUCUGCCUGGCAAAAGGAAGGCGUCCGAGAAGAUGAAUACGCGCUCCAACUGGAUUAUUGGGUUGAUCAACUACAGACGAGCCGACCACUGGAAUUCCUCUGUGACAAACCGCGGCCGGCCACGCUCUCCGGUGAAGCUGGCCAUCGUGGUUUCAAGAUCGAAGGCACAUUGUUCCAGGGUUUGCACAAGUUUUGCAAGGAACACGAAGUGACGCCUUUUAUCGUCCUCCUCGCAGUGUUCCGCGCAACGCACUACCGCCAGACUGGAGUAGAAGAUGCUACGCUUGGCACCGCAAACGCGAACCGAGACCGAUGGGAGCUAAGAGACAUCAUUGGAUUCUUUGUCAAUGUUCAGUGCCUUCGGAUCGAGGUUGGAAACGAGUCGUUCGAGGACUUGGUGCGCCACGUCCAGAAGACCGUAACAGCAUCCUUCGACAACCAAGAUGUCCCGUUUGAGAGAAUCGUCUCUCAGCUUCGCCGAGGCAGAGAUUUAUCACGUCACCCGAUCGUUCAGACAAUCUUCGCCCUGCACUCUCGGGAGACAUACGCCGAGUUUACCCUGGAGGGCGUAGAAUCACAAUUACUGGACGUGUCGCCUGGCUCACGAUUUGAUCUCGAGUUCCACGUCUUUGAGGAGGCGGAAUCUAUGCAAGUCAGUGUAGUCUUCUCGACUGACCUUUAUAUCCCCGAGUCUGUGACUGGUAUCAUAUCAAUCUUCGAAACCUUGUUAUCGCAGGUCCUAGAGGACCCCAAAUCUUCAAUAGCGUCCUUUCCUCUAUUGGCUGACACAAGCAAGGCUGAGCUCGAGACCCUGGGGCUGCUUGAGAUAAAUCGAACAAGCUAUCCCAGGGAUUCGACCAUUAUUAGUAUUUUCAAAGAACAGGUUGCAUCUCGGUCGGAUACGGUAGCUGUGAAGGACUCUUCCGCUAGAUUGACCUAUGCUGAGCUGGAUCAGAAAUCGGACACGCUUUCUGCGUGGCUCAAGAAGCGUGCUUUGCCUGCCGAGUCUGUGAUUGCCGUCAUGGCAAAUCGAUCAUGCGAGACCAUCAUCGCAUUCCUGGGAAUCCUCAAGGCUGGGCUCGCAUAUCUGCCGCUAAACACCAACACCCCGCCCGAGCGACUGAGUGUCAUUCUCUCAUCUAUUCCAGGUCAGAGGCUGGUUUUGCUCGGAUAUGACGUACAUGGGCCUAUGUCUUCAUUGGGCAACGCUAUUUAUAUCCGAAUCAGAGAGUGUCUCGAGAAUCCCGCCCACUCUGUAAACGACAAUUUGGAGAUGGCCGCAUCCAUAGCACCAUCAGCCUCCAGCCUUGCGUACGUCGUCUGCACCUCGGGGUCUACUGGCGAACCGAAAGGUGUCAUGGUCGAGCAUCGAGCCGUCAUACGGCUUGUGAAAAAUAGCAAUGUCACAAAGAACCUGCCAUCGACUGGAACAGUAAGCCAUUUUUCGAACAUUGCUUUUGACGCCACGACACUGGAGGUUUAUACCGCACUUCUCAAUGGCUUAACGCUAGUUUGCAUAGACGAUAACGUUGUACUCGAACCAACUGCGCUCCAUGCCGUUUUCGAGCAGGAGGAGAUUCGAUGGGUCUUCAUUACCCCUGCCCUUUUGAAACAAUCAAUCCAGGAGAGACCCUCGAUACUUCGCACGGUAGAUGUCCUCCUCAUCGGAGGUGAACGAUUCGAUCCUGAGAUCCGGCUAGCCGUUCAAAGCACCAUCAGGGGCCAAAUGUUCAAUGUGUAUGGCCCGACAGAAAACACAGGGCUGAGCACCAUCUACAGCUUCGAGGAAGAGGACAUGUUCCCCAAUGGCGUCCCGAUUGGACGACCGAUCAGCAAUUCCGGGGCAUAUGUCAUGGAUGAGAAAAUGCGUCUCGUCCCACUGGGCGUAGUUGGAGAGCUCGUCGUCACAGGCGACGGACUAGCAAGGGGAUACACAGAUGCCAGACGUAAUAUUGAUCGGUUCGUCGAGGUGGACAUCGGAGGCACAAUGGUCAGAGCAUAUCGAACCGGCGAUCGAGUGCGGUGGCGACCAACCGAUGGUCAACUCGAGUUCUUUGGGAGAAUAGAUUUUCAAGUGAAGAUCCGUGGUCAGCGCGUCGAACUGGGCGAGAUUGAACACAUUCUUUGCAGCCAUGACUUGGUCGAUGAUGCUGUUGCCUUGGCUGACGAAAGCGACGCGUUCGAUACUCGAAUCCUCGCUUUCGUAACGUUACGAAGCUCGGAGAAGGUUGGUGCCAGGCAUCGGGGACUUGGUAGAGAACUCGAUGACCACAUGCACGCCUACCUUCCAUCAUACAUGAUUCCUCAGACAAUCACGAUUUUGGAUCGGAUGCCUGUCAAUUCUAAUGGCAAAGUCGACCGAGUGGUGCUCUUACGAAACGCCCCGUCGAAGCCCAAACUGGUUAGAUCCAUCCGGCAGCCAACUAGCGAUGUUGGAAAGGCUAUGCAACAGAUCUGGGGCCAAGUCCUCCAGAUAGAGCCGUCCACCAUCGGCCUAGAUGACAACUUCUUCAGGCUCGGAGGCCACUCUAUCACUGCCAUGAAGGUUGUGAACGAGGCGCGAAAAGCCGGUAUGCAACUCACCGUGGCGGAUCUCUUCCGCAGCAACACUCUUGAAGAAUUGGUUCGCCAGCAGACAACCGAAUUCAAACUGGUUAUCCAAGCACCUGAGAACGCUCCCCUUGUGGAUCCGGAUACUAAACUUGCUCUUCUGUCAGAGCUCGACAAUCUUGACUUAAACAUUCGAUCAACGGACGUCGCGGACAUCCUCCCUCUGACAUCAAUGCAGAAGCUGUACAUCCGACAAUCAGAAACUGUUCGAAGAGUCACUCAUUACUUUUAUCUCGAUCUUGCGGCCAACAUCGACGUUUCACGCUUCCAGACUAGUUGUGCCUUGAUACUAGAAAAGUAUCCGAUGCUGCGUGCAAGUUUCCUCAACCUUCUCGGACGAUACUGGCAAGUUGUGCCAAAUCACCUUGAGCCACCGCUCGUCAUACGGGAUGUCGAUGAUUACCUUGAUGACGCAACAGAUUUGUUUUGUCGACAAGACUGGGAAAACUCUCAGCCUAGUGCACCCCCAGUCCUCUUCGCCCUGGUUCGGCACUGUGGAGGACAGGCGACACGAUUGAUUGUUCGGUUGUCACAUGCCCAGUAUGAUGGCAUUUCUCUCCCCUUCAUACUGCAGUCGAUUCUCGACGAGUAUUUGGGGAAGUCGAUCCAGAUCCGAACCGAGUUCUCAACUUUCCUUUCGUACGCGCAGAGUCGACGAUCAGAAUCCAUCGCAUACUGGAAGAAUGCACUAGAGGGUUCAUCUCUAGCCAGUAUACGGCACAAACUCCCUCAUAACGCUGGAAGUCCUGUAUCGGCUCAGCUAAACCCCAAGGCAACUGGGCCAGUGUCAGGGCUUCAGGCUCUCGCAGUUGAGGGAGUGUUGGGACUUCAACCAAUUGCAGCUGAAGCCGAAGUGGCCUUGCCCCAUCUCCCCGGUUCAACUACGCCCGCCAUGUUGGUCAAUGUAGCAUGGGCUCUGAUUCUAUGCCAAGUCACGGGUCUUCAGGACCUUGCCUACGGGCACGUAGUAACCGGCCGGAACUCCGCGAUGCAGGGGAUCGAUACCGUGGUUGGACCAUGUCUCACGAUCAUCCCAUUUACCGAAAUGGGAGAAGCAGAUUCCCUCGGAUUCGACGAUAUCUUGGAGCAUUGCACCGACUGGCCGGCUGACUCGGACUUUGACUGCGUACUUCAUCAUGCCAACAUUGACGAGCAUCCCGAGUUCGAUUUCGGCGGAACGACCUGCAGAAUGCAAUUCUUCGACAAUUACCGCGUGGCGAAUGCGGGCCUAAGCUUAAUAUCGCACCCGAAAGGCGGUCAUCUGCAUAUCAAGCUCCAGACCAACUCGCACUUUACUUCUGCCGAGGUAGCAAGGGCGCUUGUUGAUAGCCUCUGCAAUGUCAUGAGAAAAUUCGAAGAUGGAUGGAAAUUGCCUGUCUCGCGCUUUCUUGAACACAUACGAGUGCCCGAGUAG